GCGAGUAUCUAUAAGCAGCUCACAGCUGGCUCUGCCAUCGAGCCUGUCAUGAUGUCUCGGGACAAGGACCACCCGGGCCCUAAGUAUGUAGGCCUUUGGGACUUCAAGGCUCGAACAGGUGAUGAACUGAGCUUUCAGGCAGGAGACCUCCUGCAUGUCACCAGGAAGGAGGAAAAGUGGUGGUGGGCCACCCUGCUGGAUGCGGCAGGCAAAGCCUUGGCUGAGGGCUAUGUGCCCCACGAUUACCUGGCUGAGAAGGAAACUGUGGAGUCUGAGCCGUGGUUCUUUGGUUGCAUCUCCCGCUUAGAGGCCAUGGACAGGCUGCAGGCUGAGGACAACUCAAAGGGAGCCUUCCUGGUCAGAGUCAGCAAGAAGCCAGGAGCAGACUAUGUCCUUUCUGUGCUGGACGCUCAGGCCGUGCGACAUUACAGGAUCUGGAAGGAUGACGUGGGCUGGCUGCACCUGAAUGAGACGGUGUCCUUUCCCGGCCUGUCUGAGCUUGUGGACUACCACAAGACCCAGAGCCUGUCCCAUGGCCUGAAACUGACCAUGCCCUGCUGUAAGCAAAAGACUGAGUCCUCACCCCACUGGGAUGACUGGGAGAGGCCAAGAGAGGAGUUCACGCUCUGUAAGAAGAUGGGGGCCGGAUACUUUGGGGAGGUCUUCGAAGGGCUCUGGAAAGGCCAGAUCCGAGUGGCUGUGAAGGUGAUCUCUAGAGCCAACCUUCUACACCAGCACACCUUCCAGUCUGAGAUCCAGGCCAUGAAGAAGCUGCGGCACAAGCACAUCCUGGCUCUGUACGCUGUGGCAUCUGCAGGGGAUCCUGUCUACAUCAUCACGGAGCUCAUGCCCAAGGGGAAUCUGCUGCAGUUAUUGCGGGACUCCGGUGAGAAAGCCCUGCCUAUUUCGGAACUACUGGACUUUGCAUCACAGGUUGCUGAGGGAAUGUGCUACCUGGAAUCUCAGAAUUACAUCCACCGUGACCUGGCUGCUAGGAAUGUUCUUGUUACAGAGAACAAUCUCUGCAAAGUGGGGGACUUUGGGCUGGCCAGGCUUGUCAAGGAGGACAUCUACCUUUCCCACAACCACAAUGUCCCCUACAAGUGGACGGCACCUGAGGCACUCUCCCGAGGGCGUUACUCCAUCAAAUCUGACGUCUGGUCUUUUGGGAUUCUCCUCUAUGAAAUUUUCAGCAAGGGGCUGGUGCCCUAUCCAGGCAUGUCCAAUCAUGAGACCUUCCUGAGGGUGAAUGCUGGCUACCGCAUGCCAUGCCCCCAGGAUUGCCCACCCAGCAUACACAAGCUGAUGCUCGGCUGCUGGAGCUCAGACCCCAAACAGAGACCUUGCUUCAAGGCCCUGUGUGAGAAGCUCUCCGACACCAGCUGGUAUGAGAACGUGGUCUGAGCUCCUUGGAUAUGGCCAGGACCCAUGGAAGAGGGGCUUCAUGAUUAUCCUGGACCUCCACCGAAGCUGUGCACCAUCCUUCAGCUUGCCGAGAUGAAGGAAUAGCAAACAUACCAGAGAUACCUCAGGUACUCCUUGCUGUAAAGGAAAGAGUGAAGAGGGAGCCAUACUCUUUUCCCAUCUAUCCUCGUCCAGGAGGCAGUCCACAAAAUCCAAGAGGCCAUCCUGGUUUCUCCCUUCCUUCUCCUGUGAAGACUUCAUGUGACAGAGAAGCCAAGAAGGGUCUAAGCAACAGGCCUGUGGAGUUCUUGGCAGCAUAUCCCUUCCAGAGCAUACCUGUCCUUGGCCACUCCUCUGCUCAGUUAUCCACACACUCCCCACCCCUUGGCACCUUAAUUUACAGGCUCUUGUGCCACAGAACAAGCUUUGGAGCUUCAGGUCCUUUCCCUUCAGAGACAGCUGCUUCUGUCCUGAGCUCAUGGGACAGAACACCCUUUGUAGAAAACCACUGACCUCAUGCUCUGCUCCGUCCUCCGUUCGCUUCUUUCUGUUUGGACCUGAGUCUUCCCAGAUGGCUCUGGCCCAAGGCUGCUUUCCCGUCUCCAGUUUCUGGAGCCCAGCCGGACUAUCUGCUCUCUGUCAGCUCCUUAUACGCUUGGACACUAGGGCCCCAGUUCUCAGGGGGUGAGAGUACCCCAAAAGCAUCUACCGGAGGAUGCUUUACUGCAAGUGGGUAUAA